CUAUCGGGAAGGCGAAAACCAGUCGAAAUGUGACUACCUCACCAUCGAGCCAGGAGACUUUGUCUUGAUUAAGAAUUGGGAUUGCAAGAAACUGGGACCUAGGUGGAAAGGGCCAUACCAAGUGCUACUGACAACACCAACGGCGGUGAAGGUGGAAGGGCAGCUGUGGUGGAUACAUUGAACAGAUUGUAAACGCGUUACUGGCAGAACGGAUAAAGACUGAAAGGAAGAAAUGUAUUGGUUAAUACUGACUGUAAUAACCUUAAGGAAAAGUCUCCCUGUUUCAGGAGGCCCCCAAGUUAACACUUUUCUGUCCCUCUGCCACACCUAUGCAAGUAGAGCGGGGAGUAUGCUGGGUGGUGGCAAUGGCAUCAUCUGUUGAGCUGUUGGGACGGUACGCGAACUGCAGGGGGUCCAGUGAGGGGGGCAGCAGGAUCUUGAAAUGCCUCAUGGUGAGCCUCUCGAAACACUUCAUGAUGAUGGAUGAGCUUAAAGAUAUUCGUGAGUCUGGAAUGAAGAAUUUCCGUAAUAUCCUAGUGGAUGAUACGAACAUUUUGUCUUGGCAAGGGCUUAUUGUUCCUGAUAACCCUCCAUAUGACAAAGGGGCUUUCAGGAUUGAAAUAAGCUUUCCAUCAGAAUACCCUUUCAAACCACCUAAAAUUACAUUCAAGACAAAGAUCUAUCAUCCCAACAUUGAUGAAAAAGGACAAGUUUGUCUCCCAGUCAUUAGUGCAGAAAACUGGAAGCCAGCAACCAGAACUGACCAAGUUAUCCAGUCACUCAUUGCACUUGUCAAUGACCCACAGCCUGAGCAUCCUCUAAGAGCUGACCUAGCUGAAGAAUACUCUAAGGACCGUAAAAAAUUCUUUAAGAACGCUGAAGAGUUUACUAAGAAAUAUGCAGAAAAACGACCAGUGGACUAAGACUUCUGUCAAACUGCCUUUCUGACCAUCAGAUUCUGGGCAGUACAUUUCAACAACACCAUCCAGCAGGACUCUGAACACGUGCAAGUGUCACCUUUGGUGUUAACUUGUGGCUGUUACUAACUUUCUACAGUUUUCAUAUAAUCAGAAGUGGUUUAGAUAAUGACUGUUCAGAUGGGAUUAAAACUUUAAAUAAAACAGUCUAGUUCUGCUUUCUAGUUUAAAAACACAAAAUCACUGCUUAGUAAACAACUUUUCUCUCUCAAUUCCACAAGUUCUUUUAACAGAUGGUGUUCUAUUCUUGAGCUUUUUUGUUUUCCUUCAAAUCCAUGUUUCCCUUUAUUGCCUCUGCUUUUUUCUUUCAAUAAAAAUUACGCGAUCCAAACCAAUCUCUCAGUGAAGAAUGACAAAGUCCUGAAGGAGGUGGGCAAGUGUUUUCUUUUUAGCUUUGAAUGUUCUGCAAGUGAACCUGGCCUACAGUGUAUUUAGAAGCUGGGAAGGGGAAAUGCUAACAUGGCCAGCGAGAGUAGAUCAGCCUGUUCCAAUGUAAUUUAGCUCUGUUACUAUACAGUAAAGUUGACAAAAUAGGAAUUUUUGGGCUGAAUUUUUUUUAAGUGUUUUUUUACACCCAUUCCUUGGUUACCUCUGAAUUAACUGACUUGCAGAGGAUUUGUCCCUGGCGUAGGUUAUCAGGCCAUGACCCUAAACAUUGGCCACUGUCCACAUUGCCUUGAGCUUCCGCAUCCAAGCAGAUGCUGACAAGUUGCACGUACAGUGAGGCAACUCAAAUUGGUAAUGUUUUAAACCAGCGUCAAGCUGUUUGCGGUUUGGUGGUCAGUAUUAAUCAACUGAGAAUUCAAAGUUAGCAGUAGGAAUAUGCAUGAAGUGAUUCCAUGGGCAGACAGAGUCCCCCGUAUUCUCCUUCUGGCCACUGUUUAGAUCUUUGUGUGCUGUGAUUCAGGCAUUUGAUUCCGCCUCUUGGUUAAUUUUUGCUCAUUUAACAAGAUUCAGAAACUCUCUGUGCACCUGUGGAAUAGAUCCUGCACAAUCUGCUUCACUAGUUUAGGAAUGGUGUUACCUCAACUUAGCAUUUGUAGAGAUGGUUGGUCUUUUUUUUUAAAAAAACCUUGCAUCCAGCUUGGCUCAGUUUUGGGGAAAUUUGAGCCAAACCUCCACGCUCCUUCCAUGCUGAUCUUUGGCUCCAGAAAACGUGUUUGCAUCCAACUGAUACAGUAGAGAGGUAAAAGUAUUUGACAUCACAGCGUUGCUCUACGAGUAAAGGUCUGGGGUGUUUAAUUUCAGGGCUUUGUCACAUUUAAAAUUUCAAUCAUCUUGUAACUUGAGGUGAAAAUGCCUAUUUCUACCCUGUCUUAGACAGCCUGAUUACUGGGUGGAAACUCGCACUGGGCAAGACGGUGUUGCCCACAGCAGGUGAUCUGUUGCUCAUUUUCCAUUUUGUUUUUUCCUCAAACAUAUUUCCAUGUUUUAAUCUGGGAAAGAAUAGAAAAUAAAUUGAAAUUGGAACUUAAGGAUAAAGGUAUUUGGAAAAAGUAUUUACACUGCUGAAAUGUAAGUAAGUGGAGUAUGUCAAAGUAUGUCAUUUAAGCUUAUAUUUUAACCACUGAAGCUCUGAAAUUGUAUCCUGUUUUGACUCGUGUACACUGUUAACCUGCAGGUACUGUCUGUACAAUGGUAGCAACCACCCUCUCAACUUAAGUACCCCGAAUCAUUUUUUUUAAGCAGUCAAUAUUAAAAUUAGUCUGGAUAAAGCUUAAUUGUCUCAAUUGGGUUUGUAUAGAAAAUUGUGAAUGAAACUGGAUCUGACAAACUUCCGGGCACUUUGGGAUUCAAAUAAAACUUCAUGCGGUUUAUUACUCUU